AUGGCUACAAAGAACUGGAACCACAUCCAGGUCUUUCAAGAUUUUAGACAGUCAGUGGUUGUGCUCAACUGGGUGGAUCCUGCAAAGGCAGAGGAGUCCUCCCUCCUUCCCUCCCUCCCUCCCUCCGCCUCCCCGUCCCUUCCAACUCCGCGGAGCAACUCUUUCGCUCUCUGCCUCGGAGUCUCCUUCCUUCCCCCAAAGGAAUCUGCCGCAAACCCCUCUGGCCGGGACUGGGAUGCCUUCGCCGCUUCGGAAGGGAUCCUCUCCUCCUCUUCGGCACCGCCACGCGUGACCCGUGGGUCCAACACAGAAAGAGAGAGGGAGGCUGCGGUGGAGCUCCACGGAGGCUUUGGGAAAACAAAUCCCUCCAGGUGGAAGAAAGUUAAAGCCCAAAGAGCCAGCCCAGUGGGGAGGAAAAGAACAGAGGAAGUUCACAAUGGCACGAAUCCCCUGUCUAUGUUGAUGGACACUUGUCAUAAAUGUGGAAGUUCUAGUGCAAUUCAGGAUUCACCAUUACCUCUAAAAGUUGAGGACAAUUUGGAGAAGACGCCUUAUCUACUGGGAGAGGAGGAGCCCUUUGCUGCAAAAGCCUGGAGUUCUGACGGAAUGGGAGAUUCCUACACGGCCACUUUCCCCAAUGGGAAUGGACUGAUGUCUCCUUCAACAAGUCCACAAGCUUCCACCACCUAUGGCAAUGAUUACAGUCCUUUCUCCCAUUCCUUUCCAGCCUCACCAUCAUCUCAAGACACAUCAUCCCUGCUGGUUUCCAAGGGGCACCCUUCCCCUGACUGCCUCCCAAGUGUCUACACCUCUUUAGACAUGGCACAUCCAUAUGGCUCCUGGUACAAGGCUGGCAUCCACCCAAGCAUCUCCACUAGCUCCAACAGUCCCACGGCUUCCUGGUGGGACAUGCACUCCAACAGCAACUGGCUGAGCUCCCAGCCACAGUCAGAUGGACUCCAAAGCUCACUGCAGUCCAUGCCCAGCCAGGCUCCCAUCAGUCCCCAACUGUCCAGUUAUAGUUCUGAAUUCACCACUUUAAACCCCGCUCCAUACCCUGCAGUGGGAAUUACAUCCUCAUCACACCUACUUCCCUCAGGCCAACAUGUGCUGCCCCAAGAGAUGUACAAGCCCAAGCCAGUAGUCAACAAUUCCCUGAUGGAAGGCGGGAUUGGACUGAAGUCUGGGAGAGGCAGUUCCUUUGGAAGCACAACAGGAAGGUCAACCUGUGACUGCCCCAAUUGUCAAGAGCUGGAGCGACUUGGGGCUUCAGCAGCCAGCCUGCGGAAGAAGCCCAUCCACAGCUGCCACAUCCCAGGCUGCGGGAAGGUCUAUGGGAAGGCCUCACACCUCAAAGCUCACCUGCGAUGGCACACUGGGGAACGGCCCUUUGUCUGCAACUGGCUGUUCUGUGGCAAGCGCUUCACUCGUUCAGAUGAGCUGGAGCGUCAUGUUCGUACCCACACCCGGGAGAAGAAGUUCACCUGCCUGCUCUGUAACAAGCGUUUCACACGCAGUGACCACCUCAGCAAGCACCAGAAGACUCACAACGAGCUAGGAGUCAGCAAGCCUCCAGAGGGGGAUGCUGAACGGGAAGAGGCUACCACCAUGGUGGCUGGUUCUCCUAGCGCCGGCCUGCAAGAUGGGAUACCUGGAGACGAAAAAGAUGCCACCAGCCCAGAGCAAAGCAAUCUGCUAGAAAUCUAGGCUCGGUGAGAUCAGCCACAUUCCUUGUUAACUUCCUACUGCAGCCAUUGUUGUCAUCACCUGUUCUUAUUGCCUCUCAGGUAAAUAAUUUAUUUCCUGGAGAAAGCACAGGUCCAGAGGCUGUUGGCCUUUCAUCUGUUUGAAAUAUUACUUUUAUGUCCAAACUUCUACCAUCCCCUCCAAUCCUGGAAGGAAAAUUAACUGAAAUCCUUGGUAGUCUAUGACUGUGUACGGAAACAAAUUUAAAGCUGUCUUCUACCAUUCCCUAUGUCAUUAUAUAACAAAAGGCCUUCCUUGCCUUGGUUCUCUGUAUGAUCUGUCAAGAUAAUACACAGGAAAUUUCCAUGGACAUGCAGAGCUAGCCAACCAACAAGCUGAGCAGAACUGAAGUGGGUUUUUCUCAGGGCAUGUAUAGGACUCAUUUUCCAACUAGUGUAACCCACUGAGGAUCUAACUCUGAUCACCUCUCCUGACUUCUUGUAGCAAACAGAAGAAAGAAGAAGGUGAGAGACAACCUGCUUUGAGACCCGGGUGCAGUAUUUGUAUCUACAGAACAUGCCACGCUGCUCCAGAACUCAUAAAGGAACAAGUGUGAUCUCUGGUUGAGGAUAUGAAAAAAUAGAUCCUUAGUUGGAAGGGCUCCAGUAUCUUUAAGGAUUGUGAGGAAGGGAAAAUCCUACCCAGGGAUGGCAUUUCAGGUAUACUGCACCACUGAUGCAAAAAGCCACAACUGGCCAAACCUUGCCUACUGUGAAGCUCUGACAGGCUGAGUCUCCCUUAUCCAGAAAUGUGCAGUAUUCCAAAACCCAAAACCUUUUGCUGCCAGCUGCCCAGUCUUAACUUUGGAGAAGUGGGACUGGUUACAAAUCCUGCACCCACUGGGUUUCUCUUUGGGGAGCUUUUCCUCCAGCACUGUCAGAGAUUCGGGAAGAGGGAGGACUCUGUCUCCUACAGCUCUAUUUAGGGAGGGGGUCCCUUUGAAAGGUAGACGUCCCAGGCAAUUCCAUGCCUGCCUUCCAGAACUCAGGGGGCACAGGGGGAAGAUUUCCCCUCCUUUCCUGAGUACUUUGCUAAAAGGGUGGAAAGUGUGUUGACAGCUGAGGAAGUCUGAGACAUCUGCAUUUUAUAGGUGUCUUCUAUAAGUGGAAAUCUGGCCCUUUCCCUCUUCUUCUUUUUCCCCCAUCAGAUUUCUGAUAUUUCUGGAGCAUGUUCUGCUUGAGGAGGGAGGUCUCAGUAGGCACUGGAUGUGUGACUAGCCCCCUUUCCUCCUCUCCUUCAUUUCCUAAGUAUAUGCAGAUAGGUAUUCCAAAAUGCAAUAAAACUUCUGUUCUGAAGCAUUUGGGACAAUGGAGACUCAACUUGUAAUAUUAUGGAAACCUUCUGAAUGAGCCCCCUUUUCAACUCUGGGAACCCUUAGUUUGGAAAAGAGUAAUCUAUGCAAGUAAUACAAAGCUUUGCAGUUAAAAAAUCCUGUUCUGUUUAAAGUUAAUCACAUUAGCAGGUCUAGAAAGUAGUUUAGAGGACAGUUUUAAAAGGGGAUCAGGGGGAUACCCUAUUGUAUAGGCUUCAUCCCACUGGUCACACAUAGUUGGGGCUCCACCCUGCCACCAAUACCUCUACUAGCCUUGCCAAUCAGUGAAAGAUCAGUGAGGGCUGCCCCAUCUGGGUGGCCAAACAGUGGCACAAUGUCAUGCCAAAAUGGUAUAUGCAUUUUAUAGGUUCCAGCUGUGCCUGCCCUUGUGGUGUAGUGUGCAUGGUACAAGCCAAGCCGAGAGCAUGGAAUCAGAAGUUGCCUGCAUAGAUAUUGCCAUUUUGGGACAUGACACCAUAUGUAUGACUGUUAUGUCAGUGAAAUCCAAAAUAUACACAUGCUUUUGCUGAUGUUCUUUGAUACACAGAGGUAAAAUGACAUCAAGAUGUCAUAACCUGGAGUGUGGGGGAGGACUGAGGCCGACUGCUCUGUAGGAGUCACUAAGAGGCCACAGGUUGUUCCAUAAAGGUGCUACAAGACCCUUGGGUCCUCCUCUCCCCAUGUAUUUAAUCUAGAAGUAUAUUUAUGCCUUAAAUUAUGAUGACAACUUGACAGAGGGAAGGAGGCAACUGGGUCUCCAGGAGGCCUCAUUAAACGAGGCAUCUAUUUUCUGAUCAGGGUUGUCUCUCUGUUAAUUGAGGGACCUUCUCUGUGCAAAACGAUAUGAUCUAAAUUUUGCUCUGAUUUCUUUUUUCUUCUUCUUUGCUUCAUAAAGUGAAACAAGAUGGAAUAUUUAUAAUCUUGGAAUGCUUUUCUUGUAAGUUCCAGAGCAGAGUUUCUCAAACAGUGAUCCUCCAGGUGAACUUCAGCUCCCACAAUUCCUAACAGCUGGUGAGCUGGCUGGGAUUUCUGGGAGCUGAAGUCCAAAACACCUGGAGGAGCAGAGUUUGAGAACCACUGUUCUAGAGGGUUGUUGUUUUUUAAAAAGUAUAAACAUGAUUCAUCACCAGGAUCAGAAGAACUUUGUUAUUAUUACAUUAAAUUGAGGCAGGUAGUCAACUGCUUUGGGCUCAGAUUUUUUGAGGAGAACGAGACAUUUUGGUUUACUUUGGGAAGCUGGCCACUUGGCAAAGAGCUACCUCCUCGAUAAGGGGAGUCCUUGGUACAGCCCCCUAUCAUUUGGGGGCAUUAUUUGCUUUCUCGGAGUCUG